CCGCCCUCCUGCCCCCGCUCGCAUGUCCGCGCCGCCGUAGCCGAGGAUGCUGAGGAUGAAGCUGCCGCUGAAACCGACGCACCCCGCGGAGCCGCCGCCCGAGGCUGAGGAGCCAGAGGCAGACGCGCGGCCGGGCGCGAAGGCGCCUCCGCGUCGCCGCCGCGACUGCCGCCUCCCGCCGCCGCCGCCGCCUUCGGGCGCGCCGCGGGGCACCCCGCUGCCGCCGCCGCCGCCGCCGCCGUCUCGGGGGCUCGGGCCGCCUGUUGCUGGCGUGGCGGCGGCGGGGGUGGGCAUGCCGGGCGGCGGCGCGGGGCCCGCGGCGGCGGCGGCGCUGCGCGAGCAGGAGCGGGUGUACGAGUGGUUCGGGAUGGUGCUGGGCUCAGCGCAGCGUCUGGAGUUCAUGUGCGGGCUGCUGGACCUGUGUAACCCGCUGGAGCUGCGCUUCCUCGGCUCGUGCCUGGAGGACCUGGCGCGCAAGGACUACCACUACCUGCGCGACUCGGAGGCCAAGGCCAACGGCCUCUCGGACCCGGGCCCGCUGGCCGACUUCCGAGAGCCCGCCGUGCGCUCGCGCCUGAUCGUUUACCUGGCGCUUCUGGGCUCGGAGAACCGCGAGGCCGCCGGCCGCCUGCACCGCCUCCUGCCCCAGGUGGACGUGGUGCUCCGGAGCCUGCGCGCGGCCCGGGGCGAGGGCUCGCGGGGCGGCGCGGAGGACCAGCGCGGUGAGGAGGACGGCGGCGGCGAGGAGGAGGACGCCAAGAAGGACGGCUCCGGCCCGGAAGGCGGCGGCGCCGCGCCCCGGCCGGGCGGCGGGCUGGGGCUCAGGGCCCAGGAGGAACUGCUGCUACUCUUCACCAUGGCCUCGCUGCACCCGGCCUUCUCCUUCCACCAGCGCGUCACCCUGAGGGAGCACCUGGAGAGGCUCCGCGCCGCGCUCCGCGGGGGCCCCGAGGACGUAGAGGCGGCGCCGAGCCACUUGGCCGGCGCCCUGGCCCAGAAUGACUCUUCUCAUGGUGAUUAUAUGCAAAGUAACGAGGCCAGUUUAAUAGAACAAGCCCCAAUACCUCAUGAUGGACUUACUGUGACACCUCACAGAACCCAGCGAGAAGCUGUACACAUUGAGAAGAUAAUGUUGAAAGGAGUCCAGAGAAAAAGGGCUGACAAAUAUUGGGAGUACACCUUCAAAGUAAAUUGGUCUGAUCUUUCAGUCACAACAGUAACAAAAACCCACCAAGAACUACAGGAAUUUCUACUGAAGCUUCCCAAAGAGUUGUCUUCAGAGACAUUUGACAAGACCAUCCUCCGAGCCCUGAAUCAGGGCUCGCUGAAGAGAGAGGAGCGGCGGCACCCCGACCUGGAGCCCGUGCUGAGGCAGCUAUUUUCAACUUCAUCACAAGCUUUUCUACAGAGUCAGAAAGUACACAGCUUUUUUCAGUCCAUAUCAUCUGACCCUCUACACAGCCUCAAUAACUUACAGUCCUCUCUGAAGACCUCCAAGAUACUAGAACACUUGAAAGAAGACAGCUCGGAAGCAUCAAGUCAAGAAGAAGAUGUGUUACAGCACACCGUAAUCCACAAGAAACACGCCGGCAAAGGCCCCCUCGUGCACACUGGCAGUGCAGGUUGCUCCCCGGUGGACGCGCUCCCCGUGCAGUAUGCUGAGCAGAAUGGAGUCGUGGAUUGGAGGAAGCCCACCUGUGCCACCGUUCAGCACCAGGAGCAGUGUGUGGCCUUAGUUGACCAGCAUUCAACUGAAAAACGAAGUUUAUCUUCAAUAAGUAAGAAGAAAGGAAAGCCACAAAUAGAAAAGGAGAAAAUUAAGAAAACUGACAGUAGAUUGAAUAGUAGAAUAAAUGGUAUUCGAAUCUCUGCUCUUCCGCACACCCACGGUGGUUCUGUGAAAGAUGUGAGUUUGGACAUUGGAUCUGGACAUGACACGUGUGGAGAAACAUCUUCAGAGAGUUACAGCUCUCCUUCCAGCCCCCGACAUGAUGGAAGAGAGAGUUUUGAAAGUGAAGAAGAAAAAGACAGAGACACGGACAGCAAUUCCGAGGACUCUGGAAAUCCCUCGACAACCAGGUUUACAAGUUACGGUUCUGUCGGCCAGACGGUCACGGUCAAGCCACCUGUUCAAAUCGCUUCCUUAGGAAACGACAGUGCAGACCUUUUGGAAGAUCCCUUAAGCUCAGCCAAGUAUCAGCAUAUUUCUUUCAUGCCAACUCUACACUGUGUCAUGCACAAUGGUGCCCAGAAGUCUGAGGUCGUGGUGCCUCCGCCCAAGUCUGCUGAUGGCAAGACGAUCGGGAUGCUGGUCCCCGGCCCUGUGGCGCUCUCCGCCCUCCGGGAGCCUGCGGACCCCGCGCCCCUGGGCGCGCUCGGGCCGGCGACGUCCGCCGGGGACUCGGAGAAGCCACUGGAGCUGCUGGCGGCCCCGCUGCCGCUGCCCUCCGGCUUCCUCCCGCACGGCGGCGGCCCCGCGCUGCACCUCACCAUCCAGAGGCUGAAGCUGCCGCCGGGCCCCCCCGAGGGCUGCGCCCUGAACUUGGCGCCGCCGCCCGCCGCGGGCCUGGGCGCGGGCUCUGCGAGCGCCGCCUUCGGCCCCGGCCCCGGGCCCUUCCCGGGCUCCCCCGUCGCUGCCACGGACCCCGUCCCGAAGGCCGCCUCACCGGCGGCGGGACUCUCUCCAAUGGUGCCUCAGCUGGAGGGCGGCGCGGCAGCCGCGGCCCCGCCCGCCGGCGUGAAGGUGGUGGUCCCCGCGGCCUCACCCGCCGCCUUCCCCGGGCCGGCCGCCACGAGCGCGCCGUCGGGCGCCCCGAGCCCCGCGCCCAGCGCGAGCCCCGCGCCCAGCACGGCGCAGGGCGACGGCGCCGCCUUCCUGGGCGCGGGCGCGCUGCUGGCCCCGGCCGGCGCCUGCGGCUCGUGCGGUCGGCGCUGCGGCUGCGGGGCCGGGCUGCCACUCGGCGGCUACUACUACCCGGGGCCGGCGCCCGGGCCGCUGUACCGCGUCUCGCCCUUCUUCAGCCUGCCCUCCCUCUGCAACGGCAGCUACCUCAGCCAGGCGCCCCAGGGCAGCGGCGGCCAGCUCCCCUUCUUCCUGCCUCAGGCCCCGUACGCCAGCGGGCUGGUGCAUGACCCGGUGCUGGGCGGCCAGGCCGGCUACGGCGUGCAGCCGGUGGCGGGCUUCGGCCGGUUCUACCCCGCGUACGCGCACAGCGUGGUGGCCGGCUCGGGCGGCACGGCGCCCAAGAAGAGCGGGAGCGCCUCGUGCUACAACUGUGGCGUGAGCGGACACCAUGCGCAGGAGUGCAAGCAGUCGUCCAUGGAGGCCGGCCCACAAGGCUCUUUCAGACUGAGAUACGCACCUCCCCUCCCCCCUUCUAGUGACACGUUGGAUUCUGCAGACUGAAACAAGUAAAGCUUGCCUCCCUAAUACACUGAAGCGUGGGCAGUCGUGGUGGGGUGUGGAGGGGAGGGAAAGGAAAGGUGUGUGUUUGUGUUUCUCUGUCUGCACAUCUCCUAGACUUCUAUGCAGUUGAGGUUUCUCAUUUCUCUUGUACGGAUGGCCAAAACAAAACAAGAAUGCAUUGCUUUUGAGCCUCUGGUCUCCUGGUUCAACAACAGGCUUAUCUGUAUGAUACGUGUAAUUUAAACCUUCAAACAAUCAAAAGGAAAAUCUUGAUGUGUGCUUUUUUUUUUUUUUUAACACUGAAUACUUGCUGUGUGCAAUGUUUACUGAAUCUUUGAAACUGUGUAUUUGACCUUUUUUCAUAACACUGGUGACGGUCAUAUGGUUUUGGGGGAAAAAAACAAAAAAAAACAAAAAAAUUUGCUUCUUCCCCAGCUUUUCUCACUUUGGCCCUAAUCGCCACGUUUUCGUCCCACCUCCGCUCUUGACAGUGGCUGCCGGAGCGGCUGGGCCUGCACCGUCCACACUCUGAACCGCUCUGCGUAGUAUCAUUCACUGGUAAAAGGUUUCACCUUCACAGUAAGAGAGAAUCCGAUUCCCCAAGCAGUGUGUAUAUAUGUAAUAAACACUUCCACACACCACUUCCACACACUAACGCAGCGCUUGUCCAAAUAAAAAUCAGAGUGGAAGAGAGAGGAAGAGGUAAAACCAUAUGAAACUGAGAAAAUGUGACAUAUAAAGUGGACAAAGAGCUUUUUCUUUAAAAACAGAAACUUUUUUACUCCAUCAUACGUUUUUAGCCUGUUGCUUCAGAGAGACAUAAAGUGAACAAACUUGUGUGAGUGUGGUUCUCCUGUGUGUUUGUGUUUGUAACGAAAGCCAACAGCCAAUUUUACAUGUAGUCUACCACAGUCUACCACUGUGUCACAUAAAAGACACUUAAGUCAAGAUUUCUUUUCCUUACACCAACUGUCAGUGUUCUGUCAUGUUUGAAAUGUAUACGGUUUAUUGCGAUCUGAACAGAAGCUCUGCAUUUCUACAAAAGUCAGGUAUUUGUUCCCUAUCCUGUCUCUCGUAGCAAAGUCACUUUGGUAACAGUUUACCACUAUGUUUGAUUAUAAUGUGAAAGACUGAAUUCUGAGUGUGUUAUGAUGGUGUUAAUCAUGUCAGUGUCCCGUCACUAAGUUUAAUGCUGCUGUUUAAAACGACUGUUUGUUUUUAAAGCCGAUCUAUGUACUAAAUUGCUUCCAGGUAAUUUUUGAUUUCCUAAAGUGCACUGAGGUUAUCUGGAAGAUGGGGUGUGGGUUUGGACCGCUGCCGUCGGCGGCACGGAGCAGCCCCCAGUGUUGAGCCGUGGGUGUGAAGGCUGGGGGUUGGGUGUGCUACGCCCCACCGUCAGUACAGAGCAGAGACGGCGGGUGUUUCUGUGGGGUCACGUUGGUGUGCGGCAGAGGAACUUAAAUAUCUGGCCUUGGUUCAGAAACCUAACAGAUUGCCAGACAAAAGGAAACACUUGAAGUAAGAAGCUUCCUGUAAAGCUUCAUAGGUAGAAUUUAUAUUUAUAGCACCAAUGUACAUUUUGAAACCUUCUUUCAGGGGUGGGAGUAAAAGGGGAAGAAAGGUGGGGUGGGAGAAGGGGUAGGCGAAAGCUUUAAUUUAAAAAGAAAGUUCAACGAAAGGAAAUUAUUUUGAUUAAAUAUAUUUUAUUUGGGUAUUUUUGGACCAUAUUAUUAAAUUAAUUGUUAAGCUGCAAUCGAGCUGUGGAAGUGAGAGUUUUGAUAAGCCCUGUAUGGACCGCAUUGUGAAUCACUUGCCAGUUGUACUUUAUGGAGCUUAUUUUAUGAUUUAAAAGACUGUACUGUAUAUAGGAGGUAUGUUACCUUCUCCUUAUUUGUAUGUUUACCAUAUACUUUGAUAUUUGAAAUGUAUGUACUGGAAAGGCCACUUAUAUUUCUAGAAAAGAUUGGAUUUUAUGCAACCUUUUUUCCUUGAAUUAACAGCAAUAAAAAAAUGAAAAAUG